GUUUUGUAGCUUAACGUUUUCAUUUAUUUCCAUUCGAACUUUGAAAGCGACAGCGCCAACAGCCCGAGAAAGUACCAAAGCACAACCACGCGAAUUUGCGGUCUCAAUCAGUUAUUGUUUGGUUAAUAAUAAUAAUAAUCAAAAAAGUUUAUACAUUUGGCUAAAUACUGCUGCCAAAUCGGAAUCAAUUAUUGUAUUUGUUAUUAGUUUGAAUUUAACUGUUGAAGUACCAAUAUCCCACGUUUAACUUGAGAAUAAGAAAACUUUCUUCUUUUUCUUCGUUUUUUUCUUUAAUUUUAAAUUUCUAUUAACUUACAUUUUUGUGUCUUGAAAUUGGAACCUACCUACGACCGGUGUUUGAGGAAAAGUAGUUUUAGUGCAUUUUUAGUGCUAAGAGUUUUGUUUUAUAUCUUAACUCGUCUUCAUCGUUAGUUUGGUUGUUUUCUUUAAUCAGCUAAGAUUCCAACAAACGGGUGCAGCGCGAGCUUAAGAGUGUUUCAUACCUUCUUCAGGAAUUCCAUUUCUAUACGCGUUCGUUUCGAGAUUUAAUAUUCUGUCAGUCUUCUGGCGAGUGUGAACGUCAUUUGCUCUACUUUGGUCAAGGCGUAUAAAUUUGCAGCUCUCUAUCACGAUGGUCGAGAAAACAGAUACUGCAAAUCCAGAAAUGAACCGAAUGUCUCAAAUAAUCGGAAUCUCCGACAUUACAGACAAUAAAAAUAUCUGGCGAAUACUUACGGCUGAAUUUAUUGGAACUUUCUUUUUGAUAUUUAUUGGUGUUGGCAGUACUGUAGGCGGUUGGAAUGAUGGCUUUUCACCAUCAAUCGUACAAAUUGCAUUCACUUUUGGUUUGACAGUGGCCGCAUUAGCACAGGCUUUCGGACAUGUCAGUGGAUGUCAUAUUAACCCAGCUGUUACUCUUGGGUUUGUGGUUGUUGGUGAAAUGAGCAUCCUUAAGGGUGCUUUCUACAUCAUAAUGCAAUGCAUUGGAGCAAUUGCUGGGGCUGCCCUUAUUAAAGUCGUUAUUCCAACGCAAUUAGCUGGCAACACCCUGGGAGUUACUUCAGUCAACACAAAUCUAAGUUGUGGACAGGCCAUUAUUGUCGAAGCUAUCAUAACAUUCAUCCUUGUUUUUGUGGUUAAGGGUGUUUCUGAUGCGCGGCGCAGUGACAUCAAGGGUUCUGUACCUUUAGCUGUUGGUCUUUCUAUCACUUCUGGACAUCUUGCUGCCAUCAAAUUGACUGGUGCCAGCAUGAAUCCAGCUCGUUCUUUUGGACCUGCUGUUGUCAUGAGUAACUGGGAUGAACAAUGGGUCUACUGGGUUGGUCCAAUUCUUGGAGGAAUUCUAGCUGGCCUUAUUUACAAGUUGGUCUUCAAAGCACGCAAGGGGGACGAUGAAGCAAAUUCCUAUGAUUUUUAGAGAGAAAAAACAAUAAGCUAAUUAAUGAAAAAUGUACAUAAGAAAAUUUUAGCUUAUGGGAAUAAGUACGCAAGCACGACCACCAUUGAAUCUAAAAGUAAAUUUAAAUUAAAAAAGAGAAAAUUUAUACCUUUUCUCAUUUUUGUGGAAAUCACAGAAGAUGAUACCAAAUAUUUGUUAAAGCUGCAGCAAUUGCCAGAUACAUAUCUAUUUCGAACUUAAUUUUAAUAUCUAUAUAAACACUCGAAAAAAUAGAAUAUAUGUUUACAAAUUAUGUAAAUGUAAUCUACCUAUGUGUAAUUUUUUUUUAAUUAUUUUGUUAACAAAAUUAGGUAUGCAUAGAAAAAUAAAAUUCGGUGUAUUUUUUUGUUAAUUAAUUGUACCUAAUAAAUUAUUGUUUUUUUAGUAAAUUAAAAUAAUUAAAAAUAUCCAUAUUGAUUUUGAGAAAAGAAAAACAAAUCAUCAAAAGUGGAUAUAGUAUACAUAUUUAUAAAUUACAAUCAUUGUUGUAUUAUUAGUAUAAGACGAAAGAAUAUUAAAUGUAUGAUUUAUUGUGAAAAAUUAA